AUGGCGGGUGACGACACAAUCAUUCAUGAUCGUGAUGCGAUGGGGGAGAAAGCUGAAAUGUCACACGAAGAAAUUGUGCACCUUGCCGCUUUGACUGACGAUGAGAGGGCAACCGAGGUGAAGCUUCGGAAACGAAUUGAUACACUGAUUUUACCACUUGUUAUUAUCGUCUACUUGAUGAAUUAUAUCGAUCGCAACAACUACGCUGCUGCAAAGCUGCAGGGUCUCACCGAUGAUCUGCAUCUCAAUGGCUCACAGUACCAAACCGGGUUGUCAAUCCUGUUUGUUGCAUAUAUUUUAAUGCAAGUUCCGUCGAACCUGAUGCUUAAUUAUAUUGGCCGGCCAUCCUUGUAUCUUGGUUUCUUUGUCGUUGCUUGGGGCCUGGUCUCCGCAUUGACUAGCCAGGUCAAGAGUUAUGGCUCGAUUGUCGCCUGUCGUUUCCUGCUUGGCCUUGUGGAGGCUCCCUUCUUUGCUGGAGUUUUGUUUUACUUAUCGAAAUGGUAUACAAAAAAGGAGCUGGCCUUUCGGAUGAGUAUUUUCUAUGCCGGAUCCUUGCUUAGCGGUGCAUUCGGAAACCUCAUCGCCGCUGGAAUCCUGUCAGGCCUGGCCGGCAAGCGCGGAAUGGCGGCCUGGCAGUGGUUGUAUAUCAUUGAAGGAACAAUUACAUGUUUCGUUGGGGUGGUUAUCAUGUUUAUACUUCCAGACUUUCCAGAGAACUGGAGUUUGUUGUCUCCGGAAAUGAAGGCUGUGGCUAGUCGACGUCUAGCUAUCGAAGCCGCCGAAGCCGAUAUUGAUGAGGCGGGUGGUAUGAGUCAAUGGCGUGGCUUGAAGCUAGCAUUCGCGGACAAACGCACCUAUGUGCUUGCUCUGGCGUACAUGGGUAUAACCGGCGCUGCUGGGUUUCAAAACUUCUUCCCAACACUUACAGCCACCUUGGGCUAUAACCACGUUGUAUCGCUUCUACUUGUUGCUCCGCCUUAUAUUUUCAUGGUCGGCUAUUCGCUGCUGCACAACUAUUUUUCAGACAGACUGCAGAAACGAUUUGUUUUCUGGAUCUACCCGGUCCCGAUCACCAUUGUUGGGUUCAUUAUUUUCAUGACAACAUCAUCAUUCGGACCGCGGUACUUCUCGCUGUUCUUGAUGAACUUUGUGUUCGCAAUGAACGGGACGUUGUUCGGCUGGAUUGCCAAUGCAAUCCCUCGACCACCGGCAAAGCGUGCUGCAUCAUAUGCUUUCAUCAACUCAGUGGCUAACUCUGCUAGUAUCUGGACGCCGUAUACUUACCGUCAGCAGGACGCACCACACUACCGACCAGCACUAGGCGCCUGCAUUGCUCUGCAGGGACUAGCCUUUCUUAUGGGCUUGAUCCUGUUCCUUGACCUGCGGGCAUCCAAUAAGCAUCUAGAGCGUUUGGAAAACGAGGACGUCACUUUGACUGAGAAAGAAAUGCAGAAAUUGCAAAAAACAGCGGAUAUUGAGCAGAUUGAUAUCGCAGCGGCAAGGCGGCUACAGAAGGGAUUCCGUUAUACAUUGUGA